GUGCCUGUGUGGUAGGUGAAACUCUCUUUUAGUCUGUGUAUGUGUGCCUGUGUGGUAGGUGACAUGGCCAGUGCUUCAGUGUUUCAGGAUGAGUUCUGCUGUUCUAUCUGUCUGGAUCUGCUGACGGACCCGGUGACUGUUCCCUGUGGACACAGUUUCUGUUUGAAGUGUAUUACGGGGUGCUGGGAUCAGGAUGACUAUAAGGGUGUUUACAGCUGCCCCCAGUGCAGAGAGACCUUUACUCCUAGGCCUGCACUGGGGAAAAAUACAUUGCUGGCUGAUGUUGUGGAGAAGCUGACGAAGACAGAAGUCCAGUCUGAUACCACGGCUCCUUCCAACACCGGACCAGACGAUGUGGAGUGUGAUUUCUGUACUGGGAGAAAACACAAAGCCAUUAAGUCGUGUCUAACAUGCCUGGUUUCAUAUUGUGAAGUUCACAUCCAGCCUCACUAUGAAGUGCCUCGCCUAAGCAAGCACAAGCUAGUGAAUGCCUCCUCACGGCUACAAGAGAAGAUCUGCUCACAACACGACAAGAUCAUUGAGGUGUUUUGUCGCACAGAUGAGAAGCUGAUCUGUAUUCUCUGUUCAAUGGACGACCACAACGGACACAAAACUGUCUCCGCUAUAGCAGAACGAACUGAGAAGCAGAAAAAGUUGUUGGAGAUGAAGAGUGAUAACCAGAUGCAGAUCCAGCAGAAGGAGAUGGAGGUGGAGGAGGUGAAGGGGGCUUUGAAGUCUCUGCAGGCCUCUGCACAAAAAGCUGAUGAGGACACCGAGAGGAUCUUCACUGAGCUGAUCAGCUUCAUGGAGAAAAAACGCUCUGAGGCGAAAGAGUCGAUCAGAGCUCAGGAGAAGGCAGAGGUGAGUCGAGCUGAAGGACUCCUGGAGCAGCUGGAGCUGGAGAUCGCUAAGCUAAAGAACAGAGAUGCUAAGAUGGAGCAACUCCAGCCAGUUGAGGACCCCAUUGAUUUCCUUCAGGUAACACUACUAGCCCUCUGGUCACCUACAGAGAGUCUUGACUCGCCAUAAUUAGAUGGGUUCUAUCAAGACCCUCUCUUGUCAUCAUACAGAAAAGACCUUGAA